AUGCAUAAUGUCGAUCUAUCUCAAGAUGAUGCAUUGGAGUUUCUAGAUCUACCACACAAAAGGUUUGACCGUACAAGUUCGUCAUUAGAUUCGGGUGAAAUUGAAGUUGGUAGGAAGUUUUACAAUAAAGAUAGUUUUCUUACUGCAUUGAAACAAUAUAGCAUCAUGAACGGGGUUAACUACAAUGUGGUUAAAUCCAAAUCCGAUAAGUUUGAGGCCAAGUGUGCAGUGCAAGACAGUACGUGUUCAUGGAAAAUCAUGGCCUCAUUGAGGAAAAUGACAGACUUUUGGGAGAUAAAAAAGUACAAAGGUCCACAUACAUGUAUUGACGGUGUUUCACAAGAUCAUCUUAAGAUGGAUUCAGAUAUGAUUGCUAACUUAAUACUACCGACGCUGAACGCGAAUCCGCAGACUUCAGUGUCGGUCUUAAUUGCCAAUAUUCGUAGCCAAUUGAAGUACACGCCCUCUUACCAUAAGGUUUGGAUAGCUAAGCAGAAGGCGUUGGAAAAAAUGUAUGGUAGGUGGGACGCUUCAUAUAAUGAAGUGUGGCAGUCGUGUCAGGUGCUGGAGAGAUAUGUCCCAGGUUGCAUAACAGACUUUGAAACGACACCUGCAUACUACAACAACCGAUUGCUCCGUGGAUGUCAAGUGUUCAAAUAUACCCAUCGGCUAUUGCUAGCUAUGGCACAGGAUGACAAUGGGAGAAUCAUUCCAAUUACGUUUGCAAUAACACCGGGGAAGUCAGUUGAUGAUUGA